UAUUUGUAUAUUGUCAGCUCAAUCAUACGUAUCUACAUCCAUAUAUCGAUUAUUUCUAUAGAGGGUCAGUAGUGGAGCAACGUUCCACCUGUCAGUCGGACAUAUAGUAGUUGCUACUACUUCCGGACGUGAUACAUUCAGUAGUUCGUAUCUCUUAGGUAGAACACGUUCUUACACGGCUAUGUUCUCGUCGACACUCUUCGAGUAAGGCAAAGGGUAAGUGAAUAAAAUAAUUGAAAUGUUUAAAUGUGCUUUUGUAUUUGAAGAUCUAAUUGUCUAUAAUUAUUAACAGUCAUAGGUCACACAUUUUUUGCUCUAUUUCUGGUCACAUGUGGGUCACAAUGUCUUGUCGCAGUUUUAGCUGUCUCAAAGUAAAAAAUCUACAAAAAUUUAUAUAUACUCCGUAACAUUUGUAGAAAAUGAUCAUAUACGACAAAAGUUAAAAAAUAAAUUCUAAAAAUUUUUUUUUUAUUGAUUAAGACCUUCGGGAGAGUCUAUUGUUAAAAUAUCGAUAGGACCUAUAUGAUCCAUAUGUGAUCUUUAAAGAUUAAGUACAUAUUAGUUGUACAAUGACGAAUGAAAAACUAAAAACUAUAAUGAAAGAUUUUAUACAUAACGUUACGUUUAUUAAGCCUUAAAAAUUGUAUAGUACCAGUAACUUUUAUCGAUAAAUGAUUUUUUUUUUUUGAUUUUUACUUCUUUAUUUUAGAAUUUAUAUUAAUGAUAGUUUAUAUUAUACAUAUAUGUAUAUAUAAUACUUUGUAAUUAAAAGAAAAGUGAUUGCUAUAUUAAUCUGGUACGUUAAUGUUUUUGCAUAUAUUUUUUUUGAUUUUAUAUUUUUGACAAAUUUGUGUGACCUACAUUAUUUUAUUGGAUAUUAUUUAAAGCGACACUAUUACUAUAGGUAAAUCUUUCACAUAAAAAAUUUAUUCUAUCUCUGUAACUAUUUUAAUAACAGUAAAAUUUUAUAUCCCAAGCACUUUUCCUCACAUACAUUAUUCUUUGUUUUGAAUUUCUUAAUAAAUUUUCUUUUUUAUGUGCAUAUAAUUUCUGAAUACACAACGUGUCCGAGAUUCGUCCGUAAUUAUUAAACAUCGAAUUCAUUAUCGUUAUGGUGAGUAAAGUAAAUUAAAAUAAAAUAAUUACAUAUUGAUGUGAAUACACGCAUAAUUCAUGCAAUCGAAACCACAUAAAUUGUACAGACAACUUUCAGUAAGAAAUCCAACAAAAACACUUAAAACACGCAAAGUUUAUCUUCAUGCUUCUUUUUCGUCAUUUAAUAUUAUGUACAAUAAAAGUCCUAGAAAUUUCAAGUUUCUUCAUAGUGUAUAUUAUAUUCGCAUUCUGUUUCACUGAACGAACAUAAUCGAUACACCAGUCGUUCGCGGCGAAGGCACCGAUAAGUGGAUGUCGCGUUGCGAUCUGCACACUGUUUACGAAAUGUCACAUUUUACCGUUAUCUAGGUGAAAAUAUUUCGUUUCCGUCGCGGAAUUAUUUCCCGACCCUAUCGAAGCGAAUCAACCCAUAUACGUUGAGUAUUUCACCGCGAGAAAUACGCGUUUCGAUCUUUCUUGGUGUUUAAAGCACACGACAAGAUUCGUAGUAGGUCACCUAUCACCACGUAAUUAUCUCCGAGUCGAACUGCAACUACUGCAACUACUGUCGUAGUGCACUAUCUCGUGAAUGACAUAUUUGAAUCGAAUAAAUUAUCAUUAUGAAGUAUCAGCAAGUAACCGUGGACAUGACAGACAUGGUGUAUACCGCUUGCUCUUAUUUGGCGCUUGCCGGUGCGGUCUGGAUAUUCCUGCGUCUUAUUCAAGCCUGCUUUUGGCUGCCGAACCAUUUAAAAAGGCAAAAUGAUGUUCAAAGAAUGUUGCAAGAUAAGGUGGACAGCUAUGAAAAGUAUGUGUUAGAAUGUGAAGAGAAGGAAAGAGCGGAAAUGUUGGACCAAAUCGACGACGAGAAGAAAAGUCUUGAAAUGUCGGAGAAAUGGAAAGAACGACGGGAAUGUCUGGACAUGCUCAAGAAAGAGUUGGAAAGAGUUUGCGAAGGCAAAGAUAUGUCCGAUUGGGACGCUUUAUUGGACGAGGAACUGAAAAAGCAUGAACUAGACUCUAAGCUUUUAGAUGAGGAGGAGGAGGAGGAGGAAGAAAACUCUAAAAAAGAUACUAAUAAAGAGAAAAGCGAAGAGAAAAGUGAGAAAGAGGGCAAGAAUAUCGAGCCGAAGAAAGAAAAGUAACAACUAUAUCGAGUGCUUUAAAAGUGCCUUACUAAGACUGUUGAAUUGCUUUAUGAAAACUUGUAUCUAUACACGUAGCAGAAUAUUUAUAAAACGUAAACCUCUUCAAACAAAUAAAUUUUUAAAAAUAUUUUAUAUAUUAAAACUAAACAAUAAGUUUCUACAUUAAAAUAUUCUAUACUAAUAAUUAAAACAUGUCUCGAUACACACAGUUAGGCUUAAAAGAAAAAAUAGAGCUCUUUAAAUGUAUACAUUGCUAUUAUUAUAUUGAUAAUCUAAUUUUAUUCACGAUUUCAUUUAUCAACAUACAGAGAUACUGUUUUACUAAAUUAAUUCAAUAUUUGUAAAAAAUAUUUAUAUUGUGUGAAAACUACAUGCAAUCACUAUAAGAAAUGCCUCGUAGUAAUUACCACAGUAUUAUAAUAUAGUAAUUAAAGGAAGAUGAGCAGCUUUAAGUAAGCACAUAUUAAAAUAUUCUAAAAGCAGAAAUUACAUAUAUGUAUAUACAUAAAAUGUUGUUUUUAUUAGUGUAAAAUUAUUCUUUUGUUAUGUUGAAAAAAGGAAUUAUAAUAAUUA